AUUCAUUUGUCAAAUAAAACCCUUGUGCACGGCUCAAAUGCGUUUUUUUUUCAUUUUUUGUUUGCUUCUGUAACAGUCCCAUAGAAAGGCGUGCUGCGGAAGAACUUGGAUUUGGAAAUUGCCCUGGGAAAUAUUGUUUUUACUUGAGUUUAGAAGAAAAAAUUAAGAUGUCAAAGAACAGAAAAAAACCAGCGAGAUACUUUGAUACCAACAAUGAGGAUGGAGAUGGUGGAGGACAGCCCCAAACAGAUUCCAAGAAGAAUGAUGGAGAAAACACGGCAUCAACAAAGAGAGCUAAGAAGAGGAGACCAGAUCAGAAGAGCUUAAGAGAUAAAAAAGAUCCAUUUCCGGGCCCUGCUCCAAUCAGUGAUGAGACCGUUAAGAAGUACAGACGAGGAGAAAAACCUUCUGCUGAAGAGAUAAGGAAUUUUCGACACAGGACAACCAUGAAGAGAGGUGAAGAUAGGAUUGCAUUGGCUGCAAAGCAAGCUGCAAGGAGUGAACUUCUACUCCCAGAAGAAACGGGGUUUUUAGAAGCAGAUGAAGGUGAAGAAACAUAUGAUGUCACCCAAGAAGAAAUAAAAAAAGCUGUUGAUAUUGCAAGUGCUACCAAAAACUUUGAGCUGAGAUUGGACCAGUUUGGCCCUUACAGGAUGGAUUUUACCAGGAAUGGUAGACAUUUACUUCUUGGAGGUCGCAGGGGUCAUCUAGCUGGGAUCGACUGGGUCACAAAGAAACUUCACUUUGAAACCAAUGUGACAGAAGAAAUCCAGGAUGUGCAAUGGUUACACUUGGAGACAAUGUGUGCAGUAGCUCAGAAGAAAUGGAUGUACAUCUAUGAUAAUAAUGGGGUAGAGUUACAUUGUAUCAAGAAGAUGCAUAAUAUCACUCGCAUGGAGUUUCUUCCUUAUCACUUUCUGCUAGCGGGUUGUAGUUCCUAUGGCGGUUUACAGUAUCUAGAUGUAUCUGUUGGUAAGCUGGUUUGUGAUAUGCCCACUAAGAGUGGCAGGCUUGAUGUUAUGACCCAGAAUCAAAAGAAUGCCAUCAUUCACCUGGGUCAUCCGAAUGGCACUGUCACAAUGUGGAGUCCUAAUUCAAGAGAACCACUCGUCAAGAUGUUAUGUCAUAAAGGAGCUGUCCGAUCUAUAGCUAUAGAUAAACAGGGAACGUACAUGGCAACAGGUGGUAUGGAUAGGCAGCUGAAGAUCUUUGAUCUACGGACAUACAAACCCCUGCAAGCAUACCAAGUAUCGUUUGGUGCGGGUGAGGUGUGCUUCAGUCAGAAGGGGCUUCUAGCUGCAGCUUGUAACAAUGUCGUAGAGGUAUACAAGGAUUGUUGCCUCAGAACUCAAGAUGCACCAUACAUGAUGCACGAGCUUCGUUAUCCAAUCACCAAUAUGGGUUUCUGUCCUUAUGAAGAUGUUCUUGGCGUCUCUCAUUUCCAUGGUUACACCAGCUUGCUUAUUCCAGGUGCUGGUGAGGCAAACUUUGAUGCACUAGAAGCUAACCCAUACCAGAAUAAAACACAGAGAAGAGAAUACGAGAUCAAGGCUCUCCUAGAAAAGAUUCAGCCAGAGAUGAUCACAUUAAAUCCGAGUCAGAUCAGUGCUAUUGAUAAGGCAACCAUGGAACAGAGACUAGCUGAGAGAAAGGAAAUGUUUGGUGUGGUACCACCACCCAAGUUUGAGCCUCGUCACAAAUUAAAAGGAAGAAGCAAAUCAGGGAGAAGAGAGAAGAGGAAACAAGGUGUCCGAGAAGAAGAAAACAGGAGCAAGGUUCAAGAAGCUUCCUCAGUUGUGGAGAAGGCAGUGAAGACCCAAGACAGACCUCAGUUCAAGUCAGCACUGGACAGAUUUAAGAACUAAGAACUUGAUCAAGAAACACAAGCAAUCCAUGAUGUCAUCACUAUUUCAGUACAGGCCUUUUAUAAGUGUUGAAAACAUCUCAUAUUACUUCAUCGCCAUGGAAACUAGUUCUUAUCGAGAGAAGCCUGUGGCACUAACCCACUAAUUGAUGAUUGCAUAAGGACUUCUUAUUUGGAACCAAUACUGUGCUGUAACAUUGCAUCUUUGACAUCGUGAUUUUGGUAUAGUGAGACCACCACAUAUCGACCACCUCGUUUGAAACCGACCACCUUGCGCGCAUUAAAAUUAUUGCGUAUUACAAACGAUACACGCGAGUAGGUGCAGUGUCCACAGGAACGGUAAGAAUAAAUUUUACGAGAGAAAAAAAAGGGGGAAAAGGUAAAAAUUUAGUAGAAUUUAUCAAAAUUGUUUUGACUAGACCCGAACCCUGCCGAAAAACAGUUGUUCACACCAAGAAAUCCGAUAGGAAACGGCUUUGGAACAAAUAUCCGUCGUCAAUCGUUGAAUCGUUGCAGUGGAAGUAGUGAGACGAUCAUUUAGCAUGUUGACAUCAUAGAACUGAUUUGGAAGAGUCAAAAUAUUUCGCCACCGCGACAAGAAUCGGCCGUUAACUUAGUGUAUCGCUGGUGGUCAGUUUCAAAAGAGGGUGCAAAUGAGCAAAUGUAAAAUCGUCGUAUUCGUUGUUCGCCAAUAUUUACGCGAAGUGAAUCGGAGUUGCCAAUCGAAACAUGAGAAUCUGAUCUGCUCAAUUUUCUGCACUAAUGAGACAAAACUAGGUAAAACUGAUAUAUAUUUUUGUAGAUACGAUGCUUAUAAAAUUAGGUGGUCGAUAAGGGGUAGUUCCAACCAUACUUGAUAUAAGCCCUACCUCCUGUGAGUACUGAACUAAUCCAUUGGAUUAUUUCGAUGUGUCUUGUCAAGCUCCUAUACCUAAUACCUGAGCUAAGAGAUGAUUCAAUCCUUGUGGUUACUGAAGGGUAUUUACUACUACAUCAUCAUAGAUCUAAAUCUGGUGCAUUUACGUAGACUGAACUUUGUGAAAUCAUGAAAUCUAAGCAUAAAAAUGAUAAGAUCGGCAACACAGAUAAGCACAUGUGGGCCAGUGUAUUAUUAUUGCUUGGAAAAAUAGUCAACAUUUGACUCAAAUCCAAUUCUUGUUUUGCUAAUUUCUCAGCAAUUACACAAUAUCUUCCAGAAUCCUUUGGCUCAUAUUUUUUUAUUUAUGAAAACAGACACUUGGAUAGUCAUUUUAUUGGAUUCUGUACAAAAUUUUUAAAUCAUUACAACAACUUACAUCUAUAUUUGGAGCUGUAGUGAUAAAAAAAAUUGUCCAACACAAAACUUGAAAUCACCCAUAGUUCCCUUCAGUGGGAGGUCCUGUCCUCUCAAGAUUCUUCUUCUCUAGCCAUCUUUAUCUUUGCAAUCCUUGAUAUCAAAUGAUGAUUUGUAUUCGGUGUGUGUGCAAUGCAGCAUUCAACCCAUUGACCAUGUAGUCUACAAGCGGUGUUUAUAGACAAAGUAGAUAACGAUUUUUAAGCCCAGCAUACACUAUGCAAUGCGAUUGAACUAAGAUCCGUUUGGAACAAAGUUGCCAAUCGCAUAUCAUUGCAAUCGCAUUGCAGGCUUGCGUAGUACACACAGCAACAGCUCUGCAGCGUGCUGCAUCUCAUGGCGCCUCUUCAUUUGCGCGUAUGUUGUCUAUGCAGCGCAAGUGCAACAAAUUGGCCAUGAUAUUGUCUAGGACAAAUCUGAGUGACUGAAAAAUUGGCAAAAAUCGCAGAAAGAUUUGACAUGUCUAUGCCUGAGAUUUGGUCUGCGAUCCUACUGCAACAAAGCUUGUCGCAGUUGCAUCGCAUUGUAGGUUGGCGCUCACUAUGUGAUUUUGGUGCAAUCGCGUUGCAUAGUAUGCGCUGGGCUUUAGACCAUGUGGGAUGAGGCCAGAUGGCAAGUAGACAAAGUUGGAAUUAACAGUGGCAAUUUAGCAUUGCUUUAUGCUUUUAAUACAAUGAAACAUAGUUUAAUUGAUGAAACAAUCAUGACAAUUUUAAGUUCUAUAAAUGUUGUUUCGGCCGAUUCCUGGUCUUCGUAGCCAACAUUGUUGCCACUGUUGAUUUCAUUGAAGGCGUGUCUCCGAUCAUGGGUGUGGUCGUUUCCAUAGCAAUUAGCUUUGUUCCCUGCCUCUUCUGCCGAAGUUGUUUAUCUGUGCAUUGUCCCCGAUAGCACCACUGUCAGCAAAAAUGAAGAAAAUUAAAAUGCUUUCACUAUAAAUGUCCAAUAAUCAUAGCAUGCUAAAUAUCAUAGACUAAACUUAGCAGAGUGGAUAUAUCUCCUCUACCUUGUCACAACGGCAAAGCCAUAACUAUUACCUUAUUUCCAAUGACAUACCAUCGGUCAGGUUUGGAAUCGGUUUUGUUCUGUGACUGACUGUGAUUGAUCCAUAUUGAUCGAAAUCUAUGGAAACUAAUGAUUAUGAAGGAGCAGUUGUAUUAAAUGUACUGCUUUUUAUAAA